AUGGGUCGAAACAAACAAACCAAAUCCGAUAAAAAGUAUAAGAAGAACAAAAAGUUGGUGAAGGCCAAGAUCAAGACUCAACGAAUUGCACACGAAAAGAAAGUGAGGGAGGUGAUUAAGAAUGAAAAAUUGAAGAAGGAGGAUCUUUCCGAUUCCGAGAAGGAGGAAGAACAAUUGGAACAACAUUAUUUGAAGGCCGUGAAUAAGAAGAAGCCUUCUUCAUCAUCAUCAUCGGAUAACAAACAAGCCUCAAAUAGUAAUAGUGGAACCAUCACAAAAGAAGAAAUUGCAGCCUUUUUUGAAAAGUUAAAGGCUGAAGGAGGUAAAACUACCAAAGACGAGGAAGAAGAAAUCCAACAAUUAAUUUCUGGAGUGGACGAAGACGAUGAUGAGGAAGUCUUUGAUGGUGGAGAGCGAGAAGACAAUGAUGAAGAAAAUAUUCCAGCAGACCAAGAGGAAGACGAACAAGAUGAAGCCUAUUUCCAAAGAAUUACUGAAGAAAUUGAAGAAGAGGAUCAAAAACAAGCAAAAGAGUUUGGUUCUCGAAUCAAAGUUACAAAAGCUCUCAUUGCACGAUGGGUGAAGAAGAUUAAAUCUAGCAAUGCAGUUCAACCAUUGUACCAUUUGGUGUUAUGUUUCCGAUCGGGAUUGAAGAAGGAAUCAUCUUCAGAUGAAAAGAAAAAGAAGAAGGAUGAACCUGAAAUUCCAUAUGUGAUUCCUGAUGCAGCCACAUUUGCAAGAGUGACAAUGGCUUGUGUCAAAUGUUUGGGAGAUUUGGCCACAAUAUUGACCAAAUAUGAACAUGGAUCAAAUAAGAUGCCUGCAAAAUACUCUGGUUGGAAACAAGUGAAAUUGGCUCUCUCGACAUUUAUUAAUGCAUUUUACACAUUAAUGGAAAGCAGCGUGGAUGAAAAGCUUUUGAUUUAUAUUUUGCAUUAUUUUACACGACUUGUUCCAUUUUAUGGCUUAUUUGAGGCACACCCAAAGAAAAUUUUGCGAAUUAUGCUCAAUUUAUUAGGUCACACGAAUGAGGACGUGAGAGUGAGAGCCUUCUUAAUUAUCAAUUCGAUGGCUGUCAUUUAUCCAUAUCCAUUCCUCGAAUUGUGUAUUAAGGGAGUUUAUUAUACACUCUUGAGAAAUUCCAAAGGUUACAAUCCAUCGACAUUCCAACAAAUUGACUUUUUAAAGAAUUGUCUCGUAGAGUUGGCCUCUAUCAAUUUUAAUAGUAUCUUCCAACAUGCUUUCAUUUAUAUUCGAGAACUUUCCAUCACAGUGAGAAGAGCCAUGGAUACAACGGUACAAAAUGGUUAUGCAUUGUGCUAUAAUUGGAAGUUCUUCCAUUGUUUGGAUGCAUGGGCAAAGGUGGUUUGUGCCUACUUCAAACAAGAAAAGAUUGGUGAAUUGCUGUAUCCAAUCACUCAAAUCGCAAUGGCAGCUCUUAGUCUCAGCAACUCGGCCAAGCAUUAUCCAUUCAAGGUCAAACUAUUGACCAUGUUGAACAGCUUGUCUCGAGAGUGUGAUAGAACCUUUAUUCCAAUUUCUCAAUUUAUUUUUGAAAUUCUUCAAUUGAAGCAAGCGACAGAGACACCUAAACAGAAUCAAAAACCUCAACCAUUAUAUUUUGAAUUUAAACUGAAAGCCAUGCCUGAAGAACUCAAAUCUAGGGAAUUCCAUCAAAGAAUCAUUGACGAUUGUUGCUUUUUACUUUUAGACCAUUUGGCUACACAUAGCAAAUCUGUUGCCUUUCCAGAACUUUCAUAUCCAAUAACCAGUUUUUUGAAAAAGUAUGUCAAGAAUCACAGCGAGACUUUGCACUUUGGUAUUGCCAAACAAAUUACCAAUCUUGUGAAGCAUGUCAAUGACAAUAUAAUUUUUGUGAAUGAAGCCAAAUCGAAAAUAUCAUUCACACCUCUCGACUUUGACAAGGCCAAUCAAUUCUUACACGGCACAGAAACACCUCUCGAGAAAUACUAUGCCACCGAAAAGAAGAGACAAGACAGAGAAUUAUUGGAGAGAGUUGCAUCCAAAUUGGACGAGAAGGUCACCUUCGAAGAGGAGGAUGAAGAAGAGUCAGCUCUCAAAGAAAUUGAGGAAACCAAAUUGAAGAGAAAGAGGUCCACUGCACUUGAGGAAGAAGAAAACUCUGCAGCACAAUCUGAGGAAAAAGAAACUAAAAAGAAGAAAAAGUCCACAACCUCCAAGACCACAUCGAAACAGGACACUCUUAAAGAAUUGGAUUUGGACAAUUUUUAA